AUGAGAAAGUACGGCCUCGCCGCGGAUAACGUCGUCGACGCGAGAAUAGCCGACGCCAGCGGCAGAAUACUCGACAGAAAGUCAAUGGGCGAGGAUCUGUUCUGGGUCAUCAGGGGCGGCGGCGGCGCCAACUUCGGCGUAAUAACUGCUUGGAAUGUACAAUUGGUGGAUGUUCCAACAACUAUCACUGUCUUCAGAGUGGACAGAGCGCUGAAACAGAACGCAACUCAACUCAUCCACCGCUGGCAAUACAUAGCUCCUAAUAUCCACAAAGACAUGUUCCUCGGAAUCACGAUAAGCAGAAACUCAACCAACAUCGCUUACUUCAAAGGAAAGCCGGAUUACGUGGAGAAUCCGAUCUCCGAGAAGGAAUUUGAAGGAAUCUGGCAAUAUUUCUACGAGGCCGAGGGGGCCUCGGCCUUCGUGUUGAUGGCACCUUAUGGGGGGAGAAUGGCGGAGAUUCCAGACUCCGCCAUUCCUUACCCCCAUAGAGGUGGGAAUUUAUACACAUUUGGAAGUUUAGUGGUGUGGCUUGAAAAGAAAGAUUCCGAAAGGUAUGUCGGUUGGAUUCGGAGUCUGUUCGACUACAUGACUCCUUAUGCCUCAAAGAAUCCGAGGGGGCGUAUGUCAACUACAGAGAUCUUGAUAUCGGAGUGA